GUAAUGUAGAUAAUUCAUUUGUCUGUGUUUUUCAUAAUAUUAACACUUAAACAUCUGUGCAUUUCUGAUUGGUGAUCACCUGUUUUAGCUUUUAAUAAAUUCGUCACAGCUAAUUAUUAAUUUACCACAAUAUUGACAAUUUUUACCUAUCGUUUAUAUUUUGACUCAAGUUAAAUUAAGCGAUCUUUAUCGUUCCCGAAGUAUAUUUUUGGCAUAUUUUAAAUAUGGCUGAAAAAUACAAUACAAAAUGUCCUGGUGUAAAACGCCUUAUGCGAGAGGCCAUUGAAUUAGCUGAAGCUACCGAAGAAUAUUGUGCAAGACCCCUAGAAGACAAUUUAUUUGAGUGGCACUUUACAGUGCGUGGCCCUAGGGGAACUGAUUUUGAAGAUGGUAUAUAUCAUGGUAGGAUAUUAUUGCCAAAAGAAUAUCCUAUGCAUCCUCCUCAUAUUAUUCUAUUAACACCAAAUGGAAGGUUCGAAGUUAACAAAAAAAUUUGCUUAUCGAUAUCCGGCCAUCACCCAGAGACAUGGCAACCAUCGUGGUCAAUAAGGACAGCGUUAUUGGCAUUAAUUGCUUUUAUGCCUACACCAGCUGAAGGAACGAUUGGAUCCUUAGACUAUUCUCCUGCAGAACGAAAGAUCCUUGCAAAAAAAUCAAGCAACUGGGUGUGCCCCCAAUGUGGUCAAACUGCUGAAUUGUUGUCUUCUACUGCCGCUAAACCUUUAACUGAAGAAGAGCAAACUGUUUUAAAUCAAAUAGCAUUCAAAGGAGAAGAGGAGCAAGCGCAAAAACCCCUUGGAGAACCCAUUUUUGAGCCACAAAACAUACAGUAUACCCAACAGGUUUUGGAAUCCUCAGAUUCUGCAACAAGUUUCUUAGAUCAGUUGACAGAAAUCCUCGUAGCUUUAUUGAUUGGAGCAAUAGGAAUAUUUAUAUAUAGGCGUUGGAAUGCUCUUGCUGAUUCAGAAUUGUAAAUUAAACAAGUGUUUAUUAAAUAAAAUAUGUGUACAUUAUAUCACAUCAUAUAAUACAAUUAAUUAAAUAAAUUGAUUUUAAAGCAUAAAUAAAUAAUAUGGGUCUUUUUAGGGAAAAAUUAUCAUUAAAAUUUUAUUUUAUUUUUUUAAUGGUAUGGUAUGGAAUUGUUUGUGAAGUAGAACCAUUAAAAAAAAUGAUCCAAUUUUAAUUGUUUGAAAUCUGUGCCUUUUGAAAAGCUUCAUCUAUGUCUAAGGCAUAUAAUAAAUAUAAGUUAAACUUAUUUUUUGUUUACAACUCUUUUAAAAAUUAUAGAUUUAUUAACUACUUCAUAUUAAUUAUUACAUAUUUUUUUAAGAGGCGGUGAUUAUUGUAUUGGUGUUCCUAAGAUAAUAUUUUUAUUUACAUACAUUAACUGUUCAAAGUCAUUCAUCAAUUUGUGGAUCAGCAAUUGGAAACAUCUGAAUAUGCUUGAUUUAUUUAACUUCAUAUCAUGUGUAAAUUAAAAUGAUGGCUACCUGUUAUAUUUAGUGUUUUAUAUGAAUGUUGCAUUACAAAAAACUUUGUAUAAUUAUUCAACUAACCUAA